AUGGUCAAGUAUUUUGAAUAUAAACUGACGAUACCGGUGACCAACACAUCCCUGAGCGAUACGGCAGCCGCUGUAAAGGUGGAGCAGACGUAUAGGAGUGACUUCCUGUCCUAUUUAGGUCUGGCCGCUCAGAUACCUAACGUGCUGUUCAACGUGUUUAACAUUAUUUUCCAAUUCGGGGGCAAGAAUCUGACGCUUAGUAUAACGAUCGCCAUUGUGGCGGAAGUGAUACUAUUCAUAGUGACAAUUAUCUUAGCGAUGGUCGACUCGAGCUCAUGGGUGCCAGAGUUUUUUAUUGUGACCCUGGCCACCGUAGUCGUGCUCAACAUAGCCAACGGCGUGUACCAGAACUCCGUCUACGGAUUAGCCGCCAAACUGCCGAUGAAGUACUCGAAUGCUGUGGUUCUCGGCUCCAACAUCAGCGGCACCUUCACCUCCAUCGUCAACAUCGUGGCCAUCGCACUGUCCCCUAACGUACGGGUGGCCGCUAUCUACUACUUCUUGGCCGCCCUCUUAGUACUGUUGGCCUGUUUUGACACAUACUUCGCGCUUCCCAUAAACAAAUUCUACAGACAUUACUGUAUGAUAGAGGACACGGAGGUGUCGUCGACGGUGGACACCAAAGGCGGCGACAGUAAGCGCUCGUUUCCGCCGUAUUGGGCGGUCUUCAAGCAGAUUUGGGUCCAAUGUUUCAACGUAUUUAUGGUGUUCUUCGUCACCCUAUCCAUCUUCCCGGCCGUUCACGCGGAAAUCAAACCCAUCGAUGAGGCCUUUUUCGGCGAUGUCACCGACAAAUACUACUCAGCCGUCAACUGCUUCCUAGUGUUCAAUCUGUUCGCGAUGGUGGGCAACGUGUUCCCCAACUGGUUCACCAUACCGGGGCCCAAGUACCUGUGGGUGCCGGUGGUUGCACGGGUACUGUUCAUACCGUUCUUCCUGUUCUGUAACUAUAACCCGGGCGCACGCCAGUGGCCGGUGCUCAUCGACAAUGACUAUGUGUUCAUUAUGGGCGGUGUGCUGUUAGGCCUGUCCAGCGGCUACUUCAGUAGCUUGUGUAUGAUGUACGCGCCCCGGGAGGUGCCGCCCGAACACGCGGGCACUGCCGGUAUGAUGGCGGCCGCAUGUCUCGUCAUCGGGAUCUUCUGUGGCGUCAACUUCUCGCUGGUUCUCUCGUGGGCUAUCAAACAGGACUGUUCAAUAUAUCUGGAAGGCCAGAAUGAGACGUACCUCUGA